AUGUUGGUAAUAAUAACCUAAGUUUUUUAUACCUUAGUAAAAGAAAGUUAAAAUAUAUUGAUCAAACUAUGAGAAUUAAUAUUUGAUAAGAAACAAAAAUUGUUUGUAUUGCACAAUUUAAGCUUUUUGUCUAAUUAAUAUUUGUAAAAAAUUUUUAAAUAGCAAUCAUAUUAAUAAUAAUAAUUAUUAUUUAUCUUUAAAGUUUAUUAAGUUAGGUGUGAUUGUUUAAAAAUACAAUAACUCUUACCAAGUAGAAUAUUUUUUAUUAUCAUUUUAGACUAUUUGUAUAAUAGAUUUUAUAAUCCUUCUAUUUUCUUGCUUGUUUUUUAUAAUCCCAUUCUAAUAGUUAGAAUUUAAACAAUAAUAAAUAAUUGAAAAAGUAAAUUUUUCACCUCAAAAUAGGAAACCUAAGAUUGGGGGCUUAAUUUAAUUGAGAAAGGCUAUUAAUAAUACAAUAUUGAAGGUUUAUUGAAUAUUUGAUAAUUUAUAAUAAAGCAAGGUUCCAAAGAUCCAUAUUUGCAAUUGAACAACACGACCUUAUUUCUAAAACCUGGGUUUUAUAAAUAUUUUGGAUAUGUUUAUAGCGAAUUUACAAUAAGGAAUUCAAAUUAAAUAUAAUACAAAAACUACCAUAAUGUAAUGAUAACUUGUUUUGGAAAGGAGAGAAAAUAUAAUUUUUAGUUGAAAUUUGUCUGAAAAUCUCAGUUGAAGACAAUUAGUUAUCUUAUUAAGGUGGAUGUUAUAGAAAUGGCUUAGUUUACAAAGAGUUAGAUCAGGAAGAGCUUUAACCAUUUGAGAAUCUAUGA